AUGCGUUUGCUCGUGAUUGGGUGGCUGCAGAGCAGGUUUCACGGCGAGGGGUAUCAGGAGGGCUAUGCUGAAGGCAGUCACGUUGGCGUUGCUGAGGGAAGGAGGUAUGGAUCGCUCCAUGGUGCCAAGAUUGGGUCUGAGAUUGGCUGCUACCUUGGGUUUGCACUGACGUGGCAGUGUCUGCUCCAGAAAUGCACGGAUGAAAAGAACGGCAAAAAGAUAAGGGCUCUGGAUUCAUUAAUAGGGAUGAUUCAGAAAUUCCCAUAUGAAGACCCCACUUACGAUAAGCUACAAGAAGAUCUGGAAAAAAUCAGAGGAAAAUUUAAACAGGUUUGUUCAAUGCUAAAUAUUCAGUCUGAUUUUAGAAUCGGUACUGAAAGAUCUUCAUUAACAUUUUGAAUAUAACAGAUGAAGAUAAACAUGGAUGACCAGAGAAGAAACAUUAAGAGAACAGAUAACUGGAAAAGUGUUUAUCUACUCUCAUUUUAAACAAAAUCAAAAUAGCGAAGAGGUGCUAAAUAUUAAAGGAGAAAGGGAAAACCAUUGAACUUGCAAUAGUACUUGUCAUAUGUCACUUAGCAUUUAUUAUCUCCUGGUUUUAUUUAGAUAGCUGAGGCACCAGUGUGUAAACCUGUUAAAUAGAAAUAUUUGCUUUAAUUCCUCAUUAGCCUUGCACUGAUAGAUUAAUUCCUCAAAAGGAAAACAUAUGCCUUUGCAAAGUUUCCUUAUUUAAAGGGUGUAUGUUACUUAAAAAUCUGUGUAUGCAGAUCAUUCAGUUUACACAAUGUGUAGAUAUUGUAGGUGAAGCAAAAUAUAAUCAAUUGCCUGCAGACUUUGCAGUAGGAAACAUUUUUGUGCGUAAAGAGUAGAAUGACAAAUGAAGUCAGAAUGUGAAGGAGAAAGAUUAAGAUAACUGCUCAUAAAGUAGCUGCAGCUCAGAACAUGGAAUUUGCACUUUCCACGAGUUCUGCAGACUGAUGCAGUGUGGGGGGAAAAAACUCCACCAGACCCCGCCAGAAACAAACCCAAAAAGCUAGCAAUUUAAGAGCUCAGUGAGAGAAGUGUGACUACCAGAAGAGUUGUGAUACUGAUACUAGUAUUUACUAGUACCUUUUAUGGAGGACUAGCUUUUUAUCGUCCAGUCUUGAAAAUAUCCUCUUUAGUCUCAGAUAAAAAAGAUGGAUGCCAUCAGCUAAAUGUAUUCAACUGUGUUAGUUUAAGAGAAAUACAGUCAAUUAUUUUACCUGAAAAAUGUUUUAGGUUGGGCUGCUGGAUGUCUUUGCAUACCAUUUGCAUUACAGUUAUAGAAUGAAUAUAUACUUUCAUCAGUUGUAACGUAUGCAUGUCUGGCUAAGUCUACAUGGCAUAGCGUAGCUUCAUAAAGACAGAUUUGACUACCGUGGCUAUCGGAAGCUGUACGCAGGGUAAACUCUCUCAGGUGAAGGAAAUGUUUUAAUACGGCCAUAUCCUUGAACAGCACUACUUUGUGCCACUUAGACCUCAAUUUUGUUUUACUUGUACAGCUUUUUUAUUAUACAAGAAAAUAAGCAACUUGAAUUUUUAAAACAUUCACUGUGUAUUCACAUCUGGGAUAUGAAGGACAUGCAUUCUGCUAAAAUUUUUGCAUUUUGGGCUCUGAAGAUAAAAAAGUUUUGCUGACUGUAUGGAGGGCGUGAUGUGCAUGUGUAUCGAUUUAUUUCAAAAUAAUCUUUUAGUCUUUGUCUGUUUCCUGAGUAUGCAAGCGUGCCAAUGUCAGAGGCUUUUCUGAGUAACUGGUUGCUGGUGUACUUUGUUUGUUCGUUUAAUUACCUUACAUGUGUAAGCAUUCAAACAGCUUUGAUACGCAUAGUGAGUGUCAGGGCCAUCUAGUGGAGGAGGUCGUUGUAUUGUGUAAGAAAUAGAUUAUAAGAGUUCACAAAUAUUUAUAUAGAUAGAAGUUGUUAAAAUAGAGAGUACAGAAUAUGUAGGCAUGAUACAGCUCUUCUAGUCAAGUGGUGAAUUUCUUUGAAAUAAAGUAAUAUUGAGGUAGGAUUGAUUUGUAGUUUGUUUCCUCAUUUGAGACCUUGGAAGGGACAUGACAGCAUUGAUGGUCUCUUCAUUUAGGGCAGUUUGAGUACAGUUGGCUUUUAAUUGUUAUGCAGCUAAACCACUGGGAACCAGAACGAGCACCAAACUGCAAGUACCUGAAAGUAGAAGCAAAAUAAAAUAGCAUACUCUGUAAUCUCAGUAAAUAGAUGGGCACAAAACAAGAAGAUCACAUACUAGAGAAAAGAAAGCUAAUUUGACUUUAUAAUCACUUCAGAGAAAUCCCAAUUUGAAAAAGUUGUCUCUGCAUCCACAAAGCAGUUUAUUUUUGCAAAUCAAAGUAUUUUACCUGUUUACUUCAAAUUAAUGAAAGGUACUAGAUAUUCAUCUGUGAAUAACUUUGAAAAUAUUUUUUUGUUGAAAUCCAUGAAUUAUGCUUUAAAUAAACUCCCCCUGGAUCUCGGUCUAAAAAAAGGCAGUUUUGUUGUUUUUCUGAAUGAUAGUACAAAGAGAAGUAAACGCUGGAGGUCUAAGUAUUUCUGUUUUAAAAUGCAGCCUUUUUUGGAAUCUUUGUACGUGGUUUACAAAAAUGUAUGUAACAGCAAGGGAAGGAAUGCGAGAGCUCAAAGUAUCUGUGAAGCGUUUGAUUAAUAGAAGUGUGUGAUAUGUAAGUUAUAUGCAAAGUGCUACUCUAGAGAUUGUAUCAAAAACAAAAUUAUUUUUGUUCCACUAAGGAGAGAAAGGAUCUUCGCAGAUCAAGCAGUCAGUGACUGUUACGUUGAAAAUUGGUUUGGUGGCUAAUUUUCUUGUAUUGCUUUCAUUUUAUUUAUAACAAAUUAAUAUUGUUAGAAUAAAUUAUUAUAUAAAUAUAUAUAUACACACACAUAUUUAACUAUAAAGAUUGUAGCAACCAGGAUUUCAAACUGGGAUAUGCCAGGUUUAGGGUUGCCUGUUAGGUCUUUAAUUUAGCUCCAUAUGUGUGUACAUACUGAUGGAGUCUCUUAUUCCACAAGUCUGUAUUUUUCCGAAUAUCUUCUGUUUCAUGAUGGUGUUUAUUAAAUGAGGUACGGUUAAAAAUUCUGUUGGAUAUGUAGUUGUAUACUUUCUUUGGUGCCAAUUUUUUAAACUGUUUCCUGCAACAGAGUUGGGGGGUUUUCUGUGAUGUUCAGGGCUGUAACAGUGCAGUCUUCACAGCAUACCGUAGGGGUAUUUUUAUACCUUAUUUACAGCUAAGGAGUUAAAGCCCAGGUUACAUCAAGGAUAUUGAUUUGCCUUAAUUAAUGUGAGAUAUCUAAUGUGACUUGUUCCAAAUAAUCUUGCAUUUUGAGUACCUAAAUACUUCAGAAUGUUCUUCUUGCCAACAUCAAGAGUGGCUGAGUACCUAGCUUUUUUUGCAUGUUUGUAUUUUUGCCUGGGUUUCUCAGAUCAGUCACCUAGAAAAUUAGGAACUUUACAGUUAGCAAACACCUGUGAAAGGUGUGUGCUUAAGCCAGCUAGAAUGCUACUGGGGGGAAAAAAAAAUCCAUCAAAAUUUUGAAAACCAGUAUUCAGUUUUGUGAUAUAUAAGUGUACGGUUUAUUUUCUUUCGACACCUUUCCUGUUAUGUUAACAUCUUCCUAAAAUCUGUAACAAAUGAAAACAAAUUCUUACAAAUGGCUUCAUUAGUUUCACACCCUGCUUACUCAUCCUGUGUGGUGAAUGGUCAGGACUCUGGUGGAAGCAAGCGUUACACUGUAAUUAAAGACUCUGUUGGAAGAUCUGUGCACAGAGAGGCUGUGUAAAGCUUCUGUGGACUAUGGUCAUUCAGACGUUUCCAGGUUUGAAUGCUUGACUGUGCAACUUAAAUAUUGCUUUAAAGACUGGGUGGAAAAGAUAUGGAAAAAAUGCAAUCUUGUAGAUUAUAAUAUUGGUUA